AUGACUUCCUCAAACUCGAAUAACCAACACCCUCCUACCUCCUCUGCCGAUCUCCCAAACCAACCCACCUCCACCAACCACUUUGAUCCCAACAGUGGCUAUGCGCCAAAUGACAACCAAUUAGCGGGGCUUGUGGAGGCGGCAACCGCCGCCGCAGACCAGGAUGUAUCACACCAAUGGGCGGCUCCUACAGCUGUCGCAAUCGCUGCUGCGGCUGCGGGCCACCACCAGCUGGAAGGCUAUGGCACUGACAUGCACCUCGGAGAUGAUGGCUUUGGCGAUGCAAACUUUGCAGCUAGUAUGGGGGGUGGCAGGCACUUGAGAGUACAGAAUGACCAUACCCAGGGCUCCGGGCUCUCUCGCACCGUGUCCAAGAAGAGAAAGAGAAACGAUGACAAUCUCGAUCCUGCACUGGCGGGAGCUGGUCUCUCCGGAUCACAGCAGCAGCACUCUCAACCGUCCCAGCAAAACCAGCAUGGAUAUGUUGGCGAUAGUAUUGACAUUCGUUCUGUCCCGCCACAGUCCCUUUCUGAAGCACGGGCAGUUGGUGUACAUUCCGCCGCAGCGCUGUUCCGCCAGCCCUCGAGCAAUAAGAAAUAUACGCGACCACCGAUGUCGAAGCUGUUCGCCUCCCUAGAACUGUCACCGGAGAACUUCCUUCACCUUCAAGCAGCGGCGAAGACAUACAUGCUGAACGAUGAUCAUCCCGAACGACGUGACUGCGUCGGCCAGCGAGGGAAAGGAGAUACGGAGAUGGUCAAAUUGCGAUUGUGGAACUGCGUUCGCCAUUUUCUCGAGGCUGAGGGGAACGGCGAGCGAUUUUUCGGAGAAGAUGUCGUGAACGAGGGAAUGGGCCCAAGGACCUACAUCUGGCCGCGUGAUCAGCAGAAGAUCAUUUCUCUUGUCAUUCCUUUGUUGCGAAGGAUGGUGACCAAUGAACGACAGCGCCAGUAUGCCAUUGAAACCCGUAAAGGAGGGAGCACAGAGGAGCGUCGUCGUCGCAAGACCAACGAGAGCUUCCAGGAUCUGAAUGGCCCUCGAUUCUCUCCAGAGGAGCAACUUCAGAUGCAUAACCAGAGCCAAUCGAUGCCACCUCCGCCUCCGUCAGUCCAAUCACAUCCGCCAGUGGAACCGGAUCAAUCUUUGGAUCUUGGCCUGACCGACCUUCUUCUGGAAGGAUAUACUGUCGAUUGGAAUCAAAUUGGCAGGUGUUAUGACAUGUAUAACCACGAUUACGAACUGGACAACCUUUGGUCUCUCUCUGGCUUGCAACAGUCCGAUUGGCGCGGUAUCGUCGCGGCCGUUGAUAGCCAUUAUCAUGUGAUUCACGAUGGUGGCUUCGAUUGUUCGUCCCCUUGCGAGGACACCAACAUCAACCGGAUAAUCCAUGCUGACUGCACGUCGAGUCUACCUUGGCGCAUCGGAGGAGGACGUAAUGUAGCCGCCCGUGAUGAAUUUGCCAGCAGUAUAACUCGCGAUGUAUCGCGCAUUAUUCGCGAAAACAUCGCUACCAGACAAGGCGCCCAACCGACAUCUCAAGGACAAGCCGGAACAGAGCACCAAUCCCACCCCCAGCAGCUGUUUGUGCCUAUCCAAGGCUCAACCCCCCAAGGAGCCACAAAUCCUGCCCCCGACGCCAAUUCCCAUACCCAAAUUUAUCUUCGCAUCAAUAUUCUUCAGCAUGGCAAGCGUGUUUUACCUCGGCUCGACCUUCCAGCAGAACAAUGUCCCAGCAUCGCUACCAUCAAAGAGUCUGUUCUCCGUCGCUAUAAUGGACAGAUUCCAGGUCUUCCCCCAAUGCAAGAAUCAGAAAAUCUUGAGCAACAGGUGCGAGAUGAUACUGCCGCCGCAAGCUGGAAGGUCAAGGCCUUGCUUCCCAGUGGCCUCGUUUCCAUACAAAGCGAGAAAGACUGGACAUUUGCGAUCCUGUCUGCGGAUACGGUAGACUGGAUGGACGGGGACUUAAAGGUUCUGGUGGAGAUCGAAGGAAAUCAUACCCCCUAG